AUGAAUACCUUAUAACUCCAUUACCUCAGCACCUGGCACUGAGACACAACUACACCUCAGCUGCUGGCUAUCCAGCAACAAAAGCAUCAGCAUCACAAGAGAGACCAAAAGCAACACUACUGUGGGCGGCGAAAGAAAUACAUGCCUCAACCUCCGCUAGAGGAUAUCCGCAUCUUGUCCAAUGAGUACAGCUCCAGGAGCAGGUUGAAACGCUCAUUUUCGGAGUCCCGGAGAAACAUGGGGCUGACUGUCGAAACUCUGGUGGUGGCAGACAAGAAGAUGCUGGAGAAACACGGCAAGGAGAACAUCACCACCUACAUCCUCACUGUUAUGAACAUGGUUUCCAGUCUUUUCAAAGAUGGCACCAUCGGAAGUGACAUAAAGAUUGUGGUUGUGAGCCUGUUACUUCUGGAGCAGGAUCCACCUGGGUUAGUGAUCAACCAUCACGCAGACCAGUCGUUGAACAGUUUCUGCCAGUGGCAGUCUGGACUGAUGGAAAAGAAUGGCAAGCGGCACGAUCACGCAGUGUUACUUACCGGAUUGGACAUCUGCUCCUGGAAAAAUGAGCCCUGUGAUACCUUAGGUUUUGCUCCUAUAAGUGGAAUGUGCAGCAAAUACCGCAGCUGCACCAUCAAUGAAGACACAGGCCUUGGCCUGGCUUUUACCAUUGCUCAUGAAUCCGGACAUAACUUUGGCAUGAUUCAUGAUGGAGAAGGAAACCCAUGUCGGAAGACUGAAGGUAACAUCAUGUCACCGACUUUGGCUGGGAACAAUGGAAUCUUCUCAUGGUCUGCAUGCAGUAGACAGUAUCUCAACAGGUUCCUCAGUACAGCUCAGGCCUCUUGCCUGGUGGACGAACCAAAGCAACUGCGCGAGUACCAGUACCCUGAUGGACUGCCGGGGCAGCUUUACGACGCUGACACACAAUGCAAGUGGCAGUUUGGCGCAAAAGCCAAGUUGUGUUCCCUUGACUUUGUGAAGGACAUUUGCAAAGCUCUUUGGUGUCAUAAGAGUGGCCACAGAUGUGAAACAAAGUUUAUGCCAGCUGCAGAGGGCACAGUCUGUGGACCCAACAAGUGGUGUCGACGAGGUCAGUGCUUGAAAUAUGGAGACGAUGGGCCCAAGCCCAUUAAUGGUCAGUGGUCCAACUGGUCAGAGUGGUCGGAAUGCUCGCGGACUUGCGAUGGUGGAGUAAACUACAAGGAAAGACACUGCAACAGCCCAAAGCCUCAGUAUGGUGGAAAGUUCUGCUAUGGCUCCAGUAGAAUCUAUCAGAUGUGCAACAUCCAGGCUUGUCAGCACAGCAGCGUUCUGUUUCGGGCCCAGCAAUGUGCUGAAUAUAACAGCAAGCCCUUCAGGGGAUGGUACUACAAGUGGAAGCCCUACACAAAGGUCAAUGAUGAAGAUGUUUGCAAGUUGUACUGCAUAGCUGAAGAUUUUGACUUCUUCUUUGCCAUGUCCAACAAAGUGAAGGAUGGAACUCGCUGUAUAGAGAAUAAAUUUGAUGUUUGUAUCGAUGGCAUUUGUGAGGCAGUGGGAUGUGACCGUGUCCUAGGGUCAAAGGCUGUCGUGGAUGCUUGCGGAGUAUGCAAUGGUGACAAUUCAACUUGCAAGUUCUUCAGAGGGCAGUAUCAUCAACAGCACCGGGCAAAUGAGUACUACGUUGUUGUCACGGUACCGGCUGGGGCUCACAGCAUUCAUGUGCAUGAGCUGGAGAUCUCAACAAGUUAUUUGGCAGUGCAUAACCUGAAGGGCAAAUACCACCUGACUGGGGAUUGGACAGUCGACUGGCCAGGGCAGUUCAACUUUGGAGGAACUGUGUUCGACUACCGGCGCUCGUUUAACACACCAGAGAGCCUGUACUCAGCGGGACCGACUAAUGAGACACUCGCCUUUGAAAUCCUUUUACAAGGCAAGAAUCCAGGUAUCGCCUGGGAGUACACGUUACCGAAGGCUGUUAAUGAAAGCAAGACCACUGUUCGGAGACACAACUACACCUGGGUGGUCGUGCCAUCAGGUUGCUCGGCAUCAUGUGCAGGAGGAAAAAUGGUGAGCACCGCCUACUGUCUACAGGACCACCUCAUUCAAGUCAAUUCCACCUUAUGUCUCGCACAGACAAGGCCAGUAACCGGAUCAAUUACCUGCAACACUCAGCCCUGCGCUGCAAGCUGGUCUACAGGCAAGUGGAGUGACUGCAGCAGGUCUUGCGGUGGUGGUGAGCAAACCCGACAGAUCCAGUGCUUCCGCAAGGCAGCUUUCCAGCGAGAUGAAGCGGUGCCACGCUCCAUGUGUCCUCUGGUGGCACCCGCCCAGACACAGCCCUGCAACACCCACGACUGCCCACCCGAGUGGAGUAGUGGAGCGUGGACCCAGUGUUCCAAAACUUGUGGCAGGGGAAUGAGGAAACGUGUUGUCUACUGCAGAAGCACCAACCCUUCAUCAAAGCCUCAUGCCAUACCUGAGAGCCUGUGCAACCAGGAACUCAAGCCGAAGAAUCAGGAGAUGUGUGUGCUCCGGCGGUGCCCAAAGAACGACAGACUGCGGUGGAUCACGUCAACCUGGACUGAGUGCUCCGUAACCUGUGGCCUUGGCCGGCAAAAAAGGGAGCUGAAGUGCAGUGAGAAAAGCCUGUCAGGGAAAUACCUCGAGUUUCCUCAGAGAAGAUGUCGUCACUUGCCCAAAGCAAACGUUGAGCUCGAACGUGUAUGUAACAUGGGAGAAUGCCCCAAACCCUCCAUGGAUCAAAUCCUCAAACACGCUGCAUCAGCGUGGUAUGCUUCACCAUGGCAACAGUGCACAGUAACCUGCGGGGGAGGAGUCCAGAUGCGUACAGUGCAUUGCCUGAGGCAAGGCCGGUCUGCAGUCGGAUGUCCAGCCCAUCAGAAACCAGCAGUGUCGAGAGCGUGUAACACCAGCUUCUGCCCAUCACCCAGAAAAGAUCUCAACUGCAUCGACUUCUUCAGCUGGUGCCACCUGGUCCCGCAACAUGGCGUCUGUGGCCACAAGUUCUACGGCAAACAGUGCUGCAAAUCCUGCAGCAAAACCAACCGAUAG